AUGUCGAACGACGGUUACUGGAACAGCGGCCAGUACGGCUACGGGGACAAUCACCAGCAAGGCUCCGGCUACCAGCAAGGCUCAGGCUACCAGCAAGGCUAUCAGCAAGGCUAUCAGCAUCAGUGGGAGUCUCCCGCCGGUCCCGCCCACGUCCCCGUCCCCGUCCCCGGCCCCGGGGAAAACCAGUCGUCCUCGCAUGGCUACGGCUACGAUCAGAGUCGGCCGCCGUACGACUACAGCCAGCCACCACCACCUCCUCCUCCUCCUCCUCAGCAUUACCAGCAACCUUAUGGCGCGCCGCUCGACUCACCAGGCCCUCAGACUCAUCCCUACAGCCCGAACCCGAACCCAAACCCGUACUCGUACUCGUCGCCGGCCCCCAGUGAUCCCUACCAGCAAGACGCAUAUGCAUCCCCGCCGCCGAACUAUGGCUACUACGACCACGCGCCGCGUUCACACUCACCCUUGCCACCCCCACCUCAGCCUCAACAUCAGUACGAGAACUUCGUCGCCCCGACGGGACCCCCACCAAGCCAGACAGCAGCACCUUAUCCUCCUCAGCCGGCGGGGGCUUUUGAUCCCAACCCUCCAAACUCCCAAGACCGCGGGCUCCUGGGAGCUGUCGCGGGAGGGGCGCUAGGAGCUUACGGCGGCCACAAGGUGAACCAUGGCUUCCUCGGGACGAUCGCGGGCGCGAUCACGGGCUCCGUGGCCGAAGAUGCCUACAAAAAGCACAAGAAGGGCAAUAAGGACAAGAAGAAGACGCAGCGCCCGGCCGGGUUGCGUCGGAGUUCAUCCUCGUCGUCGUCGUCGUCCUCCUCCUCCUCUUCCAGCAGCUCCUCGGACGACGAAAAGAAGAAAAAGAAGAACAAGAACAAGAAACACCAGGAACCGAUGCGGGGCAAUUUCUCGGCUUCCUCGCACACCAUCACGCUGGACAAGGACUAUGACUUGAUUGCCGCAUGCGCCAACGCCCGCGGCGAGCACAAGCUGUCGUCACUGUCGCUCAACAACUGCCUGUCAAACCAGCAUGGACGGUUUGUUUGGGUGCAUGGAGGAAACUUCGGGGCGAGUGCUCGCAACGUGAGGCUGCUGGAAAAUGGAAAAGUGCUUGAGGCCGAACUGGGCACGGGCAGCGGGGGCUGGAACACAGAUCGGAUUCGACUGGACGAACGAGUGAGAAACAACGACGGAGAUCUGGUCUUCUUGAACCCUUGA